AUGCCGGCAACGAAUGACUCGGGCCGAUUGUUCACGAUCGUGCUCGUCACAUCAUGGUACUCCUCAAACAUUGGGGUUUUAUUGCUGAACAAGUACUUACUCAGCAACUACGGAUUCAAAUACCCGAUAUUCCUCACCAUGUGCCACAUGACCGCGUGUUCUUUGUUAAGCUAUAUCGCCAUUGCGUGGAUGAAGAUGGUUCCUAUGCAGACUAUCCGAUCCCGAGUCCAAUUCAUGAAGAUCUCUGCACUAAGUUUCGUGUUCUGUGCCUCGGUGGUAAGUGGGAAUAUAUCGUUAAGGUAUUUGCCAGUUUCCUUCAAUCAAGCGAUCGGGGCCACAACGCCAUUUUUCACGGCGGUUUUUGCGUAUUUGAUUACGUUGAGGAGGGAGGCUUGGCUCACUUAUAUCACUCUCAUUCCUGUUGUUACUGGGGUUAUCAUUGCCAGCGGGGGUGAACCAAGUUUCCAUCUAUUUGGAUUUAUAAUGUGUAUUGGUGCUACAGCUGCAAGAGCACUCAAAUCAGUGCUUCAGGGGAUUUUGCUUUCUUCUGAAGGGGAAAAGCUAAAUUCUAUGAAUCUUCUCUUGUACAUGGCUCCUAUAGCUGUUCUGCUUCUACUUCCUGCAACACUAUUUAUGGAAGAAAAUGUAAUUGGUAUCACAAUAGCACUAUCCAGGGAUGAUAUCAAGAUCGUCUGGUAUCUGCUAUUCAAUUCUGCACUUGCAUAUUUUGUAAAUUUGACCAAUUUCUUGGUCACAAAACACACCAGUGCUCUUACUCUCCAGGUAUGCCUUCCUUUCAGGUCCAAGCUUCUUUCCCCUUGAUGAUCAAUCAUCUUUAUGUUUACCAUUUAGUAUACAAUCAUGAAUGAGAAUCAGCGAAGAACUUAAUUAGUAUUUUAUUUAAAGGAAGCGGGAUUAUGUCCUAAUGAUGUUAAUGUGUGCAGUGUAAUUAUAAUAACAUAAAUUUUUUGCUUAAAGAGGAAAAGGAAAUUCCUAUAUCUAGGCACCGGGUGAUAAAUUUCCAAUUCUGAU